AUGGUGAUUCCCUCAUCUUUAUAUUUCAUCAGAAAGAGGGACCGAACUCUGCAAUGCCUUGUUAAUAUUGCCCUGAAGAAUAAUAUCAAAGAUUCACUGGACAAGUGGCGAAGGGAAGUGAAAGAAAAGUUGGAGGCGGUCGACACGUUGUGCUUCGAAGAGGCCGAUUCACUCUCUCCCGAACAGCACGCUUUGCUUCGUGAAAGGCGAAAUCAGUUGACCAUCGACUAUGACAAUGUCGUUCGCGAGGUAGAAACUCUUCACGGAAGACUGAACGUCCUCGCCACUCUGUUGAUCGAAUUCUCUUCAAAAUCCUCGUCUCUGCAAUCGUGGAUGACCCAUCAGACUAGGGCCAUUGGCUUGAUUCGUGAAAGAUCUGCCGAACUGCAUCAUCUCAGCGAGGCCCGCCAAGAUGCCAGACGUCUACUGGACGAAAUCACCCAGGAAGAAAGCCGCCUCAAAGCCAUUGGGGCCAUAUUAGCAAAGAUCGAACAGGAGGUUGAUGCUUUGUAUGAAAAUGCGCCAGCUACGGUUGCUCGUGGAAUUCACUCCACGGAACUGCGCAACACUUUCAACGUAAUUGACGAUGACUUCUCGGCUCUGCAAAAGCACUGCUCCGAGUUGAUACAGUUCCAGAACAAAAUCGCAGGACUUGGCAGCGAACACGCGGAAAAUUUACGACGAGUUGAAGACUGGUUCUCAAAAAUCGAGAGGGAUCUCGACGAAGUUGAACGUGGACCUGACGCGGACGUUGAAAAGAAACUUGUCAUUCUAGAAGGGCUCAAUCAAGAGGUAACUUAUAGGUGCCCGUUAGCUGAAGGCUCUUUAAUAAGGGGUUACGUGCAGGUAGUCAAUGGAAACGUGCAUAUAGACCACGCUGACCAGGCGUCUCGACGGCUCCUUGGCGCGCUUGAUGGUCUGAGUGCUCAUCCUGAUGCGUCCAAAAGGCAUGAAGCGGAGUCAGAAGAACGGCGCAGAAGGCAUUCAAAACUAGUUGACCGCAUGCAGCAGGCAUUCAAUCAAGCAACCGCCCAAAAAGCUGCCAACGAAGGUGUUCGUGACGCAGUUCACGAUUUAUGUUCCUGGAUAGAAGACUUUGAAAGCCGUUCUUGUACGAAUCGGGAUAUCCCAUUAAUUGAGGAAGAACUGAACCAAUUGAAGCGUGACGAGCAAAUGCUGCGAAUGGACCUUGACAGUCGGUUGUCGCUCACUAACGAUCUCGAAAAUGACUUGAAAAAGCUAGCUGGCAGUAAUCCGCCGGAAUGGGUGGAGGCUACCGAGCAAAAACUAAAGGAUGCUGCUCUACGUUUGCAACGUAAUAGCACCGAACUCAGGGGAUUCCGUGACAAUGUGAAUGAUGCCCUUGAAGGAGUGAUUGCAUUGGAUGCAUUUGGAGUAGCUCUGGACCGUUCUUGUGAUGCGACGUCAGCGAUUCUACGAUCGAUGAGCGCUCGUGAUGACCAAGGGCUAAACGAAAUCGCUUCUGAACUCGCCGCUCUAGACUCUCAGUUAACGGAUAUGAUGAGAACUGCUGAAACCAUCAAGAAAAUACCGAACGUAACCAAAACACAAGCAGUGGACCAACUGAUCCGAAAUGCUGAUGAGAAGUUGCAUGUCCUUAAUAAGGAAUUGACUGCUAAGUAUUCGACACAGGAAGAAGUUGGUCGUUUGGAAAGCGAUUUUGAAAAUGCGAAACAGAGAAUGGCCGACUGGAUCAGUCAGUUUGACGCUGAGCUUUUGGAGCUGAAACCUGUUUCCAUCGAUCAUGAUAAACUUAGUGAACAACGUAAAGAUCAGCUUGCUUUAGUCGAGAAACAUAAAGAAGGUCUCAACCUACUAGAGGAUUUGGAAGCGGUCUCAAUGCGUUUGACUGAAGCAGAACGUGAAACUGGUAGCAAUAGACUGAGCGUAACCCCUCGUAUCACUAUGGAGCUUGUGGCAAAGUACAAUGCCCAAGCAGAAGCGCUGCGAUCUCGUUUGGAAAGAAUAAAUGCUGCAGAUCAGAAGGCGAUUGAACUGCAAACCACAGAGAAUGAGCUAUCUGCUUGGAUAUCAUCGCAAAUGAAAUCCCUGUCGGAACACGAUGUGCCGACAUCAAUCGACUCAGUGAAUGCACUACUGGCUGCUUUGGACCGUAUGUCAAAAGCGAAAAGGCAAGAGCAACGACGACUUGAUGAUAUUCGUUUGCGUGGUCGCGAACUGGCAGCCGAUGCACGAUUGGCAGGAGAGGGUGAGCAGUUGCUUGAGCGCCAUAAGGCCCUUUCGGAGAAAUGGGACCAACUAGCGGACCUCAUGGAAGGUGCGUAUCAAAAGAAUUUUCAUCCUCCGGUACCGCCAUCAGUAAUGUCAAUACCACCGUUCGACGAUCGCCGAUUGGUUGCACCGACAUCCGUCACUCAAUGCAUACCGAUGCAGUCGACGAUGAUGCAAAGUUUCGCUCUUCCUGCGUCUACUCCUUCCAUUCCACAACCACCGCCGUUCGCAUUCCCCUCUUCCGCAGUGAGUGCAAGCAACAGCGGAAGUGGAAUUGCUCCAAGUAGUAGCACCAGUAGUGGACAGCCGUUCGGUGCAUCGGCAGUCGACUCUUGUCAGCAAAUUUCGCAUGUGCUCCAGUGCUACCAACAGGGUGGAGAAGAUGCGGAAUUCGUGCGGAAAGCCAUCGAAAGUCUUGUCAAAAAGCUCAAGGAAAAACGCGUCGAGCUGGACGCGUUGAUAACAGCGAUCACCUCCGCCGGAAAACAACCUACAACUUGUGUGACUAUACAGCGCUCACUGGAUGGUCGUCUGCAGGUGGCUGGUCGAAAAGGUGUACCUCACGUCGUUUAUGCACGAAUAUGGCGGUGGCCCAAUGUUAGCAAAAAUGAGCUUGUGAAACUAUCGAUGUGCACCAUACCGGCCGAACAUCAGGACUUCAUCUGCAUCAAUCCGUACCACUAUGAACGCGUUGUGUCCAAUGGACUAGCGCCUCCAGGUAAGUAA